AAAGCUUUAUAAAAUAAAACAUUCGACAAACACACGACUUCGCCAUAUUCUCAAGUCUUAACUAAAAGAAAAAGAAAAACACACAUCUCCGGUGUGCAACAAUGGCGUCGUCGACGAUCGAAUCAUCACUAGGCACUCUCAACAAAGACUCCUUCGUCUCACUUCUGUCGAAACUGAUCGGCGAAUCGAAGUUCGUCCAGAACAACCCGCCGGAGCUCAUCCCGCAAGAGGAUCGGAUCGUGAACCACGUCCUCGACUCUCUCCGUCCUUACAGCACCGAAUCCGGCGGCGGUCCUCUCGUGAUCAACCACGUGGCGUAUCACUCGGGAAGAGGCAACCUCAUCGUCGAGUACCCAGGAUCCGUCCCCGGAAAGAUCGUUUCUUUCGUCGGUAUGCACAUGGACGUCGUCACCGCGAAUCCCGAUGAAUGGGAGUUUGAUCCUUUCUCGUUAAGCAUAGAUGGGGAUAAGCUUCGUGGUCGUGGGACUACAGAUUGUCUUGGUCACGUUGCACUUGUGACUGAGCUCAUGAAGAGGCUCGGGGAAACUAAACCCGUUUUGAAACAAUCGGUGGUGGCGGUUUUCAUCGCUAGUGAAGAGAACUCUUCUAUUCCAGGUGUUGGUGUCGACAUGUUGGUUAAAGACAAACUUCUUGACAAGCUCAAAUCUGGACCAUUGUUUUGGAUUGAUACGGCUGAUAAGCAGCCGUGUAUUGGAACCGGCGGUAUGAUUCCGUGGAAGCUUCAUGUCACCGGGAAGCUUUUCCACAGCGGUUUAGCUCACAAGGCUAUUAACGCGAUGGAGUUGGGAAUGGAAGCGCUUAAGGAGAUCCAGUCCCGGUUCUACAGAGACUUUCCUCCUCAUGAACAAGAGAAAGUUUAUGGUUUUGCGACGCCUUCCACCAUGAAGCCAACACAAUGGAGUUAUCCAGGAGGCGGAAUCAACCAGAUCCCUGGAGACUGUACCGUAUCCGGUGAUGUCAGGUUGACUCCUUUCUAUGACGUGAAGGAAGUGAUGAAGAAGCUGCAAGAGUAUGUUGACGACAUAAACACUAACAUUGAGAAACUCGCGACCCGUGGUCCUGUUUCGAAAUACGUCUUGCCUGAAGAGAAUUUACGUGGAAGGCUCACGUUAAGCUUUGAUGAAGCAUCAGCUGGAGUUGCGUGUAACCUUGAUUCCCGCGGCUUUCACGUACUAUGCAAAGCAACCGAAGAAGUUGUCGGGCACGUGAAGCCUUACUCCAUCACCGGUACUCUGCCUCUAAUCCGAGACCUCAAGGAUGAAGGUUUCGAUGUGCAAACUUCAGGAUACGGUCUGAUGGCUACAUAUCAUGCAAAGAACGAGUACUGCCUUCUUACAGACAUGUGCCAAGGCUUUGAUGUCUUCGUUAAGAUCAUUUCUCAGCUUGAACAAGACUAAAGAAGAUGAAUGCAAUAAAAGCUUCUCUCUUAUUAUUAGCUAAUGGUUCUAUACACUUUGCUUUCUAAGUUUCUAUCUAUUUGUACAAUGUCAAUGGUUGCUCAAUAAAGAAAAGACAAUUCACAAAAUUUAAAAACAAAA